AUGAUCCGAGUGCUCUUCCAAGAUUGCCACGCGAGACUUUGCAAGCACCGUCAAAGGAUUGACGAAGAAAAGACCAGAUGCUGUGAUUUCAUGGGCGAGAUCGGUACAAAUCUGCUCCUACAGAGGGUGACUGAACAAGACCGCGAACAGAGAGUGAUACGCGACGCAGCACUGGAGAACAAAUUCCGAAAGCUGCCCAAUCCAACGUCGCCCACAAACGACAAACUGGUGCACAACCUAUCGUCAAAGGAGCUGACGAAGGAUCAGAUGCAGGCUUUACGGCACGAAGUUUCAUUUAAUACGGCUGACGCCAAAUCUGUUAACAUGAUUGCAGCAGUGGAAUCAACCCUUAGUCAGGCGGAGGCAACGGAGGAGACUAAUAGCCUCAUCCGACACCAAGUGUCGUCUCUCCUGAUGGCCCACAGGCCGCGGGAAGUGCUUUCCAAGGUCGAACGUAAUGCGCUUAGAGAACUCAAGGCCGACAAAGACCUGGUCAUCGUACCAGCGGACAAACGACGCGCCACAGUUGUACUGGAUAGGACAGACUUAAUCCCAGACUUGAAGUACGGCUAA